AUGAUGAGACGCAGAUCAAGACAGCCUCCAGUUAACGAGGACGGCCUUGAGCUCUGCACUUGCGUAUUUCAGGGCUGCGGCAAGAAAGAAAGCCGAUAUAUCCCAAGGACGACACGCUUGUAUCACGAAGCUAGAGAUAGAGAAGUACUAGAGGCAGCAGAAGUAGUCCGCAUCCCUGAAGGCAAUGCCGGCUCAGCUUGCGGCACUGAGAAUGAGGAGCAGGAUCACGGGGGUCUCGUUGAGGGCGCUGAUCAAGCUCAGGCAACCGGGGGAACUGAUACUGAUGGAAAUGCUGCCUGGCAAGGGCUUGCGAACCGGAUGGAGAUCGACGUUGAGGCGCCCGACUUUGAUCCAACAGAAGCAGAGCCAGCGGAGGAUCCGCUGCUCUUAGAAACAGGAGUAGAAAUCCUAGAUAGAGUGCUUGAUCUGGUGAAGAAGGGCGACGCGGCAGGGUUCAGCAACAGUGAUAUUAAUUGGAUCCUGAAGUGGGGACUAGGGCAAAAAGAGUCAAUCGCCGCCGCACUGGACCCUGACUGGCGCGCAAGAGCUAAAGACCUCAACAUCAUGGACUCGCACGACCAGGUCUUUAACUUCCUGAUGCGCACGUCGCGCCUGCUCGGCGAGCCGCAGCUGUGGCGGUUCCACGAGGGUGACGCUGGAAGCUGGCACCUGUUUAGACCGAGCGCAGAAGAUGGCGACCUGCCCUGUCCGCACUGUCUGGAGGGGCCCAACCGGCCAAAGUGGCGCGACUGCCCUGCGCAUCAAGAGCGGUGCGAGUGUGGGUUCCUCCGGCGGGAUGCGCUGGAGCUGCCCUACAUCGGGCUGGAGCCGUAUGUGCGAGCGAAGCUGACCACCGAGGCUGGCUGUGAGGAUAUGCUGGGGGCUUGGCGAGAGCGAGAGCGGUGGCUCAAUCAACCUCUUGAGCGUGUGCCGGAACCCCAGCUCGAGUACUGGGACGGAAAGCGCUUCCGGGAGCGGUCCAAUUUCUUCGAUCCGAACGCCACGUGGCUCCUCCCCCUCGCUUGCCCAAGCUGCUGUCGCGAGCGCCCCGUCUACUGCUCAAAAAACCUGGAGCUCCCCUUCUACGUUCGGCCGACUCCAGAGAUGUGGAAUGCAAGCAGCGGCUGCUUUGAAACCGAGUGCCCAUCCUGUCGGCAGCCCUUUAGCGCCAGAAGAUGGGAACUGGAGUGUUCCGGAGACCCAAGGAACGUGAUCUUUGGGUGCCAUGUGGAUGGCUUUCCCUCCUCGCGGACGACCAACAAGAGCAGUUGCAUCCUAGACGCCACCCCCUUGGUCGUUUCGAAGCGCCUACGCUACCGCGCCUGCGAGGGGUGGCUCUGGCCCCUUUGCUUUCCCCCGGAAGAAAAACUGAAGAGCGGCCCGGAAGCAUACGACCCGUUCAUGUUGCUCCUAGUCCUAGAUUCUAUCCGGCUCUUUACGGAUGGAAUUCUGGUGAAGUACGCACUCGAUCCCGCCAAAGUCAGCCCGGACGUCCCCCCUCGAGACGGACGGCCUGUUCGCGUCCGGAUGGUCAUGUCCUGCUUCUUCGCCGACCUUCCCGCCCUUGCUGACGUGGCAAAAUUCAAGAGGGGGGGGUGGCACGUGUCGCGACGGUGUCCGCAGAGGGCAGUAAAAGUUGGGGACCAGCUAGUCUAUGCGAACGGGCGGCGCCUUGUGCGCGACGGCUGCGGAAGCAAGGAGAUGCAAGACGUGGUGGCUGCAAUGUUGGAGCAUCUCGGGGCGAAGACGAAAGCGGAGCGGGACGAAAUUGGCCGAAGAACGGGGGUCGUGGGGUUUAGUAUGCUGGCCAUCUUGGGGGGGGUGUACGAAAUGGACCUGGUGCUUGACCUGUGCGGUGACUGGCUGCACAAGGGCUCGGAAUAUCAAGUGAAGCACCACGCACGGGACACGUUGCUCCCGGUCACCAAAAAGGUGGGUGACGUUCUGGUGCAAGUAGCACCCCCCCGCGUCAAUCUCAAGGAAUUCGGAAAGCGGCUGCAAGCGAUCAGCCCCACGCGUAAGCUUGCGGACGGCCGGUGGGUGAAGGAUCCGGAAGAGCGCUCCCUCGGAUUCUGGAAAGCCGAGGAGCACGAGAAGGCGGCGCUCUAUUGCUUCGAGACUGCUUUUGCGGGAAUCAUAGACGAGGAGGGGUACGCCGUCACCCAGCUCGUCGCGCGCAUCCAGCAAGCGGUGUUCGUCAUCGGCUCCCGGCAAGGCUGGACCCCGCAGCUGCGAGCAGUGUUUGACCGGCUCUGCAAAGCCAAGUUCGCGCGCGCCGAGGAGUACUUCGGCCCCAAGCUCCGCCCUCUCGAGCACGACACCUGCCUCCACACCCUGUCGGACAUCCUCAAUCACGGUCCCCCCGACAGCCUCUGGUGCUACCUCUGCGAGAGGCACAUUCGCAAGCUCAUCAACACCCCCAACAACGGGAAAGAGUAUGAAAAGACGUUGUUCAAGCGGGCGCUGAGCGGGCUGGUUGUCGAUUGGCUGCAGCAGCGAAGAAAGGAGGCGGCGCUGUGGCGGGCGCGGCAGUCGGCUGGGGACGAGCUGUGGGGUGAGGCGAGGGAGGGGUUAGAGGGCGGCAUCGUGUUUGCCUCCUCGCAAAAACGGGCGGUCGCGUACGUGGAGGGCCUUGAAAGGUGGCUCCCGAGCAACCGGCAGCCGUCCGACGACAAGCUGCUUGGGAGCGUCCGCGCAAACGGGGUCGCCGUCGGAAGCCUACCACGAACGUGGGGGCCCCGUGCAUACAAGACCCUUACAGCCCCGCAGCGGAUCGGCGUGGAGGGAAUUCUCGCCAGGUUGGGAGCCGGAAAUGCAAGGGGCCUCCAGCUUGACUCCAAAACCGUAGUGUUUUUGAAAAGCCUGCAAAAGGGGGAGCAUAAUUUCGCCCCAAAAGACUUCGUGGUAUUGCGGGGGGCCGCGGCGGGCGCGGAAGGGGAGGAGCAGUUUGGACGGUUGGAAAGCAUCUUUUCCGCGGCAAACAGGCGCGGCGCCAGGCACCUGUUCUUGGACGUCCGGUGCUUUCCGGUCCAAACGGAAGGGGGGGAGCCUGCGGGGGGUCAGUGGCACAAUUGCCUCUUGCUGGGAGCCUUGAAGCCGUUUUCUGGAGACCGCGUGCGUCCGGCGAGCGCCCUAGUGCGUCACUUUAUACCGUACGCGGAGCCGGGCGAGACCGUAUUUACGAGUGCGUCGAACCACGUCAUCGAGGUCUUCCCCUCCAGCUUCGGCUUUGACGCGGACGACGUUUGGGUUCCUGUUUUUCCCCGGGUCGGUGACGUCGUCCGGCUGCCGGUGGUGGAACCGCCUGACGUCAUUCCGGAAGGGGUAGCUGGGAAGUGGGGCUACGGAGUGCCCUUGUCCGUGCUGAAGUCGGUGCGGCCCGGGCAGUCGGUGGCGUACGCUCUCGUCAGGCGAGUGAACGAGGAGAACAAGAUGGUGGACGUGCAGUGGCUGAAGCGGACUCCUGGCGAGAGGACGCUGCCGGACGGCAGCAAAGCGGGCAUCUGGGGUUUGUGGCCGGUUAGCAUGCGGACAAAGAACGGCGCCCUGGUCGAGGAAGUGGAGGGGGAAGCUGAAAGCGACUCAGAUGCGGAGGCGGAAAGCGAUCGGGUUCAAAGCGGGCGGGCAGCAGGGUCGGAAGGGCGGUUCGCUUUAAAGCGCGCGCACUGGAACGCAAUCCUCGAUCGUGUUGAGGGCGUCCAGAGAGCCGAACGGGAUGCAGACGGGCGUGCUUUGGCAGGGGGGCCACUUUUCAGCUUCAAAGAGCUGCCCCCAGUACGACGACGAUGA